GGAAUUGUUUUGGUCCCGUCUCUGACUCUCAUAGAGAUUGUUUAUUUUUCCCUCUCCUCGAAGCCCGAAAUUAACUUAUAAAUACGGUUUUGUAGCCAUUUUCUCAUUCAUCGAUCUUUCGGAUUUCAAGCCUCUCCCGUUUUCCGGCGAUAAGUCUCCGAGGAUACGAUAAUGGCGAAUGACGGGAAAGAUAACGGCGAAUUUAGUUUCGUGAGCGGCGGAGAAGCGGAGACAGGGCGGAGAGGAUUACCGAAGAUUCAUACGGAGAGAACCGCGGCGGAAACAGAGAGAGAUAUAUGUCAUGACGACAGUACGACGCCGAUGAGAGCUCGAACGCUGGAGCAUCUUCACUCUCUGCAGAAGAAACGAUCGACGCCGACCACUCCAUUGACGGACGCUCACGGCGUCUUUUCACCUGUAUCGGAGGCGGAGCGGCAAAAGCAGCAACUCAAGUCGAUCAGUGCCUCGCUGGCGUCGCUGACUAGGGAAACUGGGCCAAAGAUUGUGAGAGGCGAUCCAGAAAAAAAGGCCGAAGCCCAUAAAGGAACAGUACUGGACCAUCACCAUUUUGGCGAGCCCAUUUUGAAUUUGAGUGAUAGUGCUCUCAAGUUCACCCACAUCCUUUACAACCUCUCCCCCGCCGAGCUUUACGAGCAAGCCAUCAAGUUCGAGAAAGGUUCGUUCAUAACGGCCACAGGCGCGUUGGCCACACUUUCUGGAGCCAAAACGGGACGGUCGCCUAGAGACAAACGCGUCGUUAAAGAUGAGACCACAGAGGACGAGCUUUGGUGGGGAAAGGGGUCGCCUAAUAUUGAGAUGGAUGAACAUACUUUCUUAAUCAAUAGAGAGAGAGCCGUCGAUUACUUGAACUCUCUGGAUAAGGUAUUUGUGAAUGAUCAGUUUCUGAACUGGGACCCCGAACACAGAAUCAAAGUCCGUAUCGUCUCGGCCCGAGCUUAUCAUUCCUUGUUCAUGCACAACAUGUGCAUUCGACCGACUGCCGAAGAGCUCGAGGACUUCGGUACUCCAGAUUUCACGAUAUACAACGCUGGGCAGUUUCCUUGUAAUCGUUAUACUCAUUAUAUGACUUCUUCCACCAGUAUAGACAUGAAUCUUGCUAGAAAGGAAAUGGUUAUUCUUGGUACUCAAUAUGCUGGGGAGAUGAAGAAGGGCCUCUUUAGUUUAAUGCAUUAUCUCAUGCCCAUGCGCCAGAUCCUCUCUCUUCACUCUGGCUGCAACAUGGGCAAAAAUGGAGAUGUGGCCCUUUUCUUUGGACUGUCGGGUACUGGAAAGACCACGCUGUCUACAGAUCAUAAUAGGUACUUAAUUGGGGAUGACGAGCAUUGUUGGAGUGAUAACGGUGUCUCGAACAUUGAAGGCGGUUGCUAUGCCAAAUGCAUUGACUUGUCGAGGGAAAAGGAGCCCGAUAUUUGGAACGCUAUCAAGUUUGGGACUGUUCUUGAGAAUGUGGUGUUUGAUGAGCACACUCGAGAAGUUGAUUACUCUGAGAAAUCCGUUACAGAGAACACUCGUGCUGCUUAUCCCAUCGAAUACAUACCGAAUGCUAAAAUCCCAUGUGUUGGUCCUCAUCCAAAGAAUGUGAUUCUUCUUGCCUGUGAUGCAUUUGGGGUUCUCCCACCAGUGAGCAAGCUGAGCUUGGCUCAGACCAUGUACCAUUUUAUCAGUGGCUACACUGCUUUGGUGGCUGGAACUGAGGAUGGCGUGAAAGAGCCAUCGGCGACAUUCUCAGCUUGUUUUGGAGCAGCGUUCAUAAUGCUGCACCCGUCUAGGUAUGCAGCGAUGCUAGCUGAGAAGAUGAAGAGACACGGUGCCACGGGAUGGCUCGUAAACACUGGUUGGUCCGGAGGAAGCUAUGGAAGUGGUAACCGUAUCAAGUUAGCUUACACGAGGAAGAUCAUUGACGCGAUCCACUCGGGAGCGCUUUUGGAGGCGAAUUACACCAAGACUGAAGUGUUUGGCCUUGAGAUUCCUGAUGCCAUUGAGGGAGUUCCUGCAGAAAUCCUGGAUCCAGUAAACACGUGGUCGAACAAAGACGCCCACAAGGAGACACUGCUGAAGCUGGGUGGUCUGUUCAAGAAGAAUUAUGAAGGGAUCCAUGCUUACCAGGUGCAGAGGGAUAGUAAAUUAGCCGAGGAGAUUCUUGCAGCUGGGCCAACUUUGUAAUGGAAUGCCAAGAAUUUGAGUGGAGGUUAAGAGUUCUUGUUACUGCUUACUUUUCCUGUGAUUUCGCUGAUGAUAUCAGUAAUUAUGCAUCAGUUUCCAUGACCUGUAAUGUCUGUGUGUGUUUU